AUGCAAAGGUAUAACUACAAGGAGUUGGAGGCUGCGACGGGGGGAUUUUCUCUGGAGAAUCUGAUCGGAAAGGGCAGCCAUGGCUGCGUUUACAAGGCCACCCUCCGGGGAGGUCAGGUGGUCGCUGUGAAGAAGGUCUCCACGGGAUUGCAGCUCCUGGAGGACCUCACCAAGGUGGAGAACGAGCUUCAGAUUCUCUCCUCUCUCCCCAGAAGGUGCCUCCACUUCGUCGACCUGUUAGGCGUGGCCGGCGACUCCCCCACCGAGCAGAGGCUCGUGAUCAUGGAGUUGAUGCCCAAUGGGACUCUUCACGACGUUCUCCACUCCGGCAAGUCGACCUUGACCUCGUCGCCGUCGCAGCCGAGGCCGCUCACGUGGCACCGGCGGGCCGUGAUCGCCCUCGAGAUAGCGAAGGCCAUCGAUUUCUUGCAUCAGAUGCGGCCCCCCGUCGUUCACAGAGACAUCAAGUCGUCGAACGUCCUGUUCGACGAGAAUUGGAGGCCGAGAGUCGGCGAUUUCGGGCUCGCAGUCAGGAAAAAGAGGGCGGCGGCCGAUGUCAAUUGGGCAGGCGGCCACGAUCGCUCCGGUGGCAGCUCGCCAGCGGGCACCAUCGGCUACCUGGACCCUAUGUACACCUCCCCCGCCAAGCUCAGCACCAAGAACGACGUCUUCAGCUACGGCGUCCUGCUUCUGGAGAUGAUGAGUUGCCGGAGGGCGGUGGACGUCGAGCACGAGCCCGCCUUCCUGGUGGAGUGGGCGCGGGCGUUGAUGGAGCAGGGCCGGGCGGCAGAGAUCUGCGACCCCAGAAUCGAACCCCCCGACAUCGACCUGUUCAUCCGGCCGGUGCUGGACAUCGCGUCGAGGUGCGUCUCGCUGAAGGAGCACAGCAGACCUUCCAUGAAGCAGGUAGUAGCGGAGCUCAAAGUCGUCGUCAACAACGUGAGGUUCCCCCUGCUCUCCUGCUUCUCAAGCAACGGGUUCUUCCCGUGGAGGAGAAAAAGAAGCUCUGCUGCCGGCAAAUGCGCCGGAGUUCCGGCUACCAUUCGGAGGAGCUCUAAAACGGGCGAAAGAGUGAGGAGAAUAAUCUGCAAGAAUCAGGAGGAGGAAAUGGGGAUGGUGGUGUGA